AUGCCCGCCUGCAAACGUGGCGCACAAGCGCCUGACUCCACACAACCCGUGGCCAAGCGACCACGUCGGCACAAUCAUACCACAGCUCCUUCGCUCACCGAUACCGUCUACAACGACUUCCUCUCACUCGCCGUCUCAGAUCUCUCACGGGACCACUUCAUCGGGCUUUGCGCCUAUCUCUACACCAUCCUCAGCUGGGGCUACACUAUCUCGGCAGAGCGGCUUGACGCCUUCAUCCUCGCCUGCUCUGCCUAUCGGGUCUUUGUCGAGCAAUUUGACACCGAGGCUACGGGCGACACCGGACGUGGAGUGCCUUCCUACCACGAGUGGUUCUCUGAACAGGGUCUGGAGGCGAUCGAAAACCCUCCACGUACCAUUCUGUCCGAACACCGUCUUCGCAGUGUCGCCAAGGAGAAUCCGUUCGACUUCGUGUAUGCGGAAAUGAGACUAGAAUAUAUCGCAGAAGCCAACACGGGUGUUACGUUGGCCCGGGAAUGGAAUGCCGCAUUGGCCGCCCUGCCCGCCAUGGACUCGACUCAGACAAGGAAGCGGGUGUCGACCAGGGGCUUGCGAGCCGCUUGA